AUGAAGGCCACUCUCAUCCUCGCUCUCCCUGCCAUCGCCAUGGCGGCUGCCACUCCCCCGACUGUCGAGCCAAGGCAGCUCCCCCUUCCUCUGGACACCCAAUGCCUUCGCAAGAUUACUGGCAUCGCCGACUGUCUUACCAACAUUGGAACAGUUACCGGUAACCCCUUUAACAUCGGCGACAUCAUUGCCUGUACUGCGAGUCUUCCUCUCAAUGUCGUUAAUGCUCUGGUGGCCGCUGCUACCCAAUGCGUUCGCCUCCCCCUCCCCCUCCCCGUCAAGGAAUAG